UUGUCAUGGAUGAUGAUGACGACUCGUGUCUCCUUGAUCUUAUUGGAGACCCACAAGCACUGAACUAUUUUCUGCAUGGACCUAGUAAUAAAUCUAGCAAUGAUGACUUGACUAAUGCAGGAUAUUCUGCAGCCAAUUCAAAUUCAAUUUUCGCCAACUCUAGUAAUGCUGAUCCUAAGUCAUCCCUCAAAGCUGUGAGCAGCCAGCUUGGAGAAGGGCCCAGUGAUGGACUGCCCCUUUCCAAUAGCCUUCAGUUUCUUGAAGAUGAACUUGAGUCUUCUCCUCUUCCUGAUCUCAGUGAGGACCAACCUUUUGACAUCCUUCAGAAAUCCUUGCAGGAGGCCAAUAUCACUGAGCAGACGUUGGCAGAAGAGGCAUAUUUGGAUGCCAGUAUAGGUUCAAGCCAGCAGUUUGCACAAGCUCAGCUUCAUCCUUCUUCAUCAGCAUCCUAUACUCAGGCUUCUAAUGUUUCUAAUUACUCAGGUCAGACGCUGCAGCCUAUAGGGGUGACUCACGUGCCUGUUGGAGCAUCGUUUGCAAGCAAUACAGUGGGUGUGCAACAUGGAUUUAUGCAACACGUGGGGAUCAGCGUGCCCAGCCAGCACUUGUCUAAUAGCGGUCAGCUGAGUGGUUCUGGUCAGAUACAGUUAAUUGGGUCAUUUGGUAAUCAACCUUCCAUGAUGACUAUUAACAACCUAGAUGGAUCUCAAAUCAUAUUAAAGGGCAGCGGGCAGCAAGCCCCAUCCAAUGUGAGUGGAGGACUUCUGGUACAUAGACAGACUCCCAAUGGCAACUCCUUGUUUGGGAACUCGAGUUCCAGUCCAGUAGCACAGCCUGUUACUGUUCCGUUUAACAGCACAAAUUUUCAAACAUCUUUACCUGUGCAUAACAUCAUCAUACAGAGGGGUCUCGCACCAAAUUCAAACAAAGUCCCAAUAAACAUCCAGCCAAAGCCCAUCCAGAUGGGCCAGCAAAAUACGUACAAUGUGAACAAUUUGGGAAUACAGCAGCAUCACGUGCAGCAAGGGAUCUCUUUUGCCUCUGCGAGCUCACCCCAGGGCUCAGUCGUUGGUCCGCACAUGUCUGUGAACGUCGUAAACCAACAGAACACAAGGAAACCAGUCACCUCACAGCCAGUGAGCAGCGCCGCGGGUAGUAUCGUCAUUCACUCUCCCAUGGGCCAGUCUCACACCCCCCAAAGUCAGUUCCUCGUACCCACAAGCCUUUCCGUCAGCUCCAACUCGGUACAUCACGUCCAGACCAUAAAUGGGCAGCUUGUUCAGGCCCAAUCUUCUCAGCUCAUUUCUGGCCAAGCGGCCUCAGAGCAUGUAAUGUUGAACAGAAACUCUUCCAACAUGCUCAGGACCAACCAACCGUAUUCCGGGCAGAUGCUGAACAACCAGAGCACCGUCCAGCUGGUGUCUGGGCAGACGUUUGCCGCCUCUGGAAGUCCAGUGAUAGUCAAUCAUGCCUCCCCUCAGAUUGUUGGUGGACAGAUGCCCUUGCAACAGGCAUCACCAACGGUCUUACACCUGUCGCCUGGGCAGAGCAGCGUCUCCCAGGGAAGACCUGGCUUCACCCCCAUGCCCUCAGUGACAAGCAUGUCAGGACCUAGUCGGUUCCCUGUUAGCUCGUCCAGCACUGUCCAUCCUAGUCUUGGGUCUGCGGUUCAGUCGGGUGCAUCAGGAUCAAACUUUACAGGAGAUCCGCUGACCCAGCCAAACAGGACUCCAGUACCGGUCAGUGCGUCUCAUCGUCUUCCAGCUGCUUCUUCCAAACCUACCAGCACCUUCAGUAACGCACCGGGAGCAGGAGCCCAGCAGCAGUUCUUCUGUCAGGCUCAGAAGAAAUGUUUGAAUCAGACUUGCCCCAUUUCUGCUUCCAAGACGCCCGAUGGCCUGAGGCAAGCACAGAUUCCUGGCCUCCUGAGCACCGCACUGCCAGGGCAGGAUUCUGGAAGCAAAGUUAUAUCCGCAUCCUUAGGAACCGCACAACCUCAGCAGGAAAACGUAGGAUCCUCUCCUGGCCAGCCAGCUGUGCAGGUGGAUGGUCAUUCGGGAGGACAGAAGAGGCCUGCCGCAAAACAGCUAACUAAAGGGGCUUUCAUCCUCCAGCAGCUGCAGAGGGACCAAGCCCACGCCGUGACGCCCGAUAAAAGUCAGUUCCGGUCUCUCGGUGACGCGGUGCAGAGGCUGCUCUCCUACCACGUGUGCCAGGGCUCCAUGCCCACCGAGGAGGACUUGAGGAAAGUCGACAAUGAAUUUGAAACAGUUGCCACUCAGCUCCUAAAAAGGACCCAAGCUAUGCUUAACAAGUACAGAUGCCUGCUCCUGGAGGAUGCCAUGCGGAUUAAUCCCUCGGCUGAGAUGGUGAUGAUCGACAGAAUGUUCAACCAGGAGGAGAGAGCGUCUCUGUCCCGGGACAAGCGGCUGGCACUUGUGGACCCUGAGGGCUUUCAAGCUGACUUCUGUUGCUCCUUCAAACCCGACGCCGUUGCCUGCGAGCCGCCGUGUGGCCGGACCACCAGCUCGCUCCCUCCGACCAAGGCCGCGAGCAGGGACCGAGCCAAAGCCGGCGGAGCGGCGCCCGCCCCCCACCGGAAGUCGUCGUGCACGGUGGGAAGCGUUUCCUUGUUUAUAGCCCAGCCCCCGGCAUAUGAGACUAUAGCUUGAGUGAAAAGGGUUUUGAAUGUUACAGGGCUCCAAAGCCCUUGGGAGCAGUGUAAAGAAAGCCUUGUGCAACCUCUGGCAGGAAUCGGGGCUGGCGUGACCUCCGCGGUGGCUGCUGCUAACGGGACGCCUGCUCUCCGGGACGCGAGGCUAAGAGACGUCUCUAUGGUCAAGUACACGUAGAGCGGUGCCACGCUUUCCCACGCGGUGGGACUGCGCAUGCGCUGGGGCUGCAGCUUUGGCAAGAUGGCGGAGGAAGAG